UAUAAAUAUAUGUAACCAGGUGACAGUUGAAUAUUAUUUGUUUAUUGUUAAAGUGCACUCAAAGUCUCAGAAAGGCGGCGUCCAUUAUUAAGGACCUCCAGCACCCAGGGCAUGCCCUUUUCUCUCUGUUACCAUCAGGUAGGAGGUACAGAAGCCUGAAGGCACACACUCAGCGAUUCAGGAACAGCUUCUUCCCCUCUGCCAUCCAAUUCCUAAAUGUACAUUGAACCCUUGAACACGACCUCACUUUUUAAAUACAUAUUAUUUCUGUGUUUGCACAAUUUUUAAUCUAUUCAAUAUAAGUAUACUGUGAUUGAUUUAUUUAUUAUUAUUUUUACUCUUAUUGCAUUGCAUUGAACUGCUGCUGCAAAGUUAAUAAAUGUCACGUCACAUGACAUGCUGGUGCUAAUAAACCUGAUUCUGAUUUGUGUAUUCACCUUGGUAAUACUAAAAUAACCGGCUGCCCGUGCCUUUAAGAGAAAACGGUGAUGUCAUUUUACAUGUGGAGUAGAACAAAGAGUUCUAGAGGGACGACAUUGGAAUGUUUUUCCCAGGUUUGGUGAGGAAAGGUUGACAAUAUUUGAUAACAUCCAUGGAAGUUGGUUUGUACUUGUUUGUAAUAGCCUAAUUGUAAAGCCCUUAAUCAACCUAUUGGCAUAGUCUUUUUAGUAAUUCAACUACAAGGCAAUAUAUUGUAAAAGUUUUUGUAAAAGUUUGUCUUUCUUUAUUGUUUCAUGACCAAAUGUGUAUGUAACAGAGCAAUGUGAAUGUGUUCACGUAGUGUGAGCGAGGAGAGCUCAUUUCAAGGUAAACACGAGAAAAUUUCAAAGUGUUCGGAAGUUAAGCACGUGUGUGCCAAAUAUCGCUAACCAAGACUGGGUGCUGACCAGACAGUUAAAAUCUGUCAGGAUGGUUUCCAAUGGGAUAUUUUCACUAUUUAGCUUCUUUCUGUUGAUGGCUGUGUCUGAAUGGUAUCUUACAGAAAGCAAUAACUGUGAGGUGAAUGUUGAUAGAGAACUUGGGGAUUCAGUUCUGUUAGACGUUCCCAAUCUAAACUCCAGUACCAAUCAUUCUGUUCGUUGGUUUAAAGGACAGCACCAGAUCGCACGAUACAAAAAUGCUCCUAAGUUGUAUGGUGAAUCUCAGAGGAGAGUAAACAUUUUUCAAAAUGGUUCUCUGAGCAUUAUCUCCACAUCAAAAUCUGAUGAAGGAAAAUACACAGUGAACGUAUUUGACGAAAAGGGAAUACAGGCAUUAAGUCAAGACAUUAUAUUACGUUUAUUUGAGAAACUUUCAACACCAAUAAUGGAAGUCGAUUGUGUAAAUGAGCAAAACAUGUAUAUAUCAUGCGAAGUUCAUAAAGGAAUACCAGUUUCAUUCUACUUGAAUGACCAACCGUUGACUAAGCAUAACACUUCAUUUUCAAAUGGUGGGAAAAAAGCUACACUGAAGAACUUCACCUCAUUUUACAACAAUAGAACAUUCUUCUGUAAGGUUGAGAACCCAAUCAGUGAAAGGCAAUCAACUCCAAGCCAACUCCACUGUGCAGCUUCAAUGCCAGCUUAUCUCUACGUUAUCUUCAUCGCAUUGGGAGUGAUUGCACUGGUUAUUUUUUUUAGACUACUUUAUUGCUGCAUCAGUAAAAGGAACAACUGCAAUUUAAAGAAGCUGAGAAUCUGAAGACUAUCAUUAGAAGUAAUGAAAAUAAAAUUGGAACAAUGCAACAAGGAGAACAGCAAAGCAAUGAAUCAUUUGAAUGUGAAACAACCAACAAGGUUUUGAAGUACUUGGCUGGCUGCCACCCAUUCUUUGCAAAAUUAAUCACAGACAAUAAUUGAAAGCAUGUUCUUUACAAAUGAAUAGUAAUUUUUCUCACUAAAAAUUGAUCCUUUUUUCACGCCGCCAAAAUAAUGCACUUGCCAGGCCUAUGCUAGCUUGUAAAAGCACAAUGUGUGUGUAUGGGGGGGCACCUGUUAGUCUCGCGAGACCACGGAUCUGCGCCUGGAUGUAUACUAUCAAUCUCUCGCGUGAGUGAGAGUGAGUGACAUCACCUCCUUAAAUGAUCUUGGAUCAGCUUAACUGAUCUGAGGACAGCAAUGGCUGUCCAAUGAACUAAUAAGUAGAAGUGUAGAGUGGAUCUGACAGAGUUUAUAACUUUAUUGCGUGGGUGCUAUGGUAAUUGGGGGCGCUGUUUCACUAGAUCACUGGAGAAACAAGCUGUAUUCAAAACUAUACAGAGAAAGCAAAGCAGCUGCAAUUUGUAUUUGAAAUUUCAGUUAAUUUCUUGGUGGUGCUACGCUGGUGCUAUUGCAAUUUCUGCUGGGGCUAUAGCCCCAGCUAGCACCACCUUAGCGCUGCCCCUGGUGAUUUAAGAGACAAAUUAAAAUCUUUGCAUACUGUACAUCAUCAUGAUUUCAUUAUUGCAGAAAUUGUUGAAGUUAUUGAAGACUUUCUAUGAGGGCGUGUCAAUACAUUUCCUUGAGAUGACUUCACUGAUGUCUAUUGCCUGAUUUUAUUUUGCAUCCAUUUUGUUGCUGCUCCAGCCUCAAGUCAAAUGUUUCCUUCUCCUUUUCCCCUUCUCUUGAUCAUUAUUAGAUCUUCUUUUCCCCCUUCAAAUCAACCAGUUGUCCCUCUUAUAACACAAACACGAGGAAAUCUGCAGAUGCUGGAAAUCUGACGAAGAGUCUUGGCCCAAAACGUCGACUGUACCUCUUGCUAUAGAUGCUGCCUGGCCUGCUGCGUUCACCAGCAUUUUUCACGUGUGUUGCUUGUCCCUCUUAUCAUUUCUCUUGAUUGUCAGCUUUGCUCCUCCCAGCUGCUAUCCCAACCAUCACCACUUUGCUAUUUUCCCUGCUAUUGCUCAGUUUCGGAUCCUAUUAUGCUAAACUCAGUUCUACCUUCUUUGUUCUUAUUGGCAUUCUCUUAAAAUCACAUAGUUACAUUCUUUGCUGCAAACUUACAACCAGCAGCCUCAUAUUUUCUCUCCACACAUCAACCACCAUCAACAAAUCACUACCCCCUAGGAUUCUGCAUGUAGAUUUACUCACUGUCUCUAGAUUUACAUAUCGAAUACUGGAUCACUUAUCAGCAAGUACUUGCCAUCCAUGGCCAGGAGGAUGAUUCCACUGCUGUAAUAAUUUUUAUGAAAACUUGGGUUGUGGAUUGUGACAUCUUUCCAUUUAUCACAGACUUGACAGCAUCUUGAGUACAUCUACCAUAAGUUACUAGCGUAGUGGUGUACACUUGUCGCACAAUAUACUUCCACUUCUCUAUACUGAGAAUAACUUGCCUGGUUCCACUUUCUUCCUUUAUCCUGCAGAGAUUUCCAAGAUACAGUAUAUCAUUCUGAAUUUCACACUGAAGUAUACUUCCUUUUUCCAUUGCACUCCCUCUUUAUUUAGAAAGUUCCUAUUAUCGAUUUAAUUCUCCAUUUGAAAUUACUUCUACCCCAUUUCCUGCUCUCAAUUAUAAAUGCAAGGUGUCACUUAAAUCCACUGACACUCACAAAAUGCUGGAGGAACUCAGCAGGCCAGGCAGCAUUUAUGGAAAAGAGUACAGUUGACAUUUUGGGCAGAGACCCUUCUGCAGGACUGGAGAAAUAAAGAUCAGGAGUAGAUUUAAAAGAUGGGGGAAGGGUUGAGAGAAACACAAGGUGAAAGGUGAAACCAGGAGUGGGAAGGGAUGAAGUAAAGAGUUGAGAAUUUAAUUGGUGAAACUGGGCUGGAGAAGGGAGCAUGUAACAGGAGAGAAUACAGGACCAUGGAAGAAAGAAAAGUGGGGGGGGGAGCACCA